AUGGCAGAAGGUUUGGAAAAGAGAGAGCGAAGAAAGAGUUUGGGUGCGUUUGGCCCACUGUCAACAACAGCCAAUCCCGGUCCUAUCCCACUUGACCGUUCGACAACCCAUGACGCGAAUGUCCUGCGAAAGAGACAGCGGCGCAAUUCGGGCUUUUUUGGGGGCAGGAACCCCAGUCCCGUGAGAGCUCCUGCCGGCCAUCGCGGGCCGGGUACCGAGAAUCCAACUCCCCGAGUAGCGUCUUUACCUACGAUCGCCGUUGACGGUCCUCCUCGAUCACGCCGAAAAUCACUACAGAAAAGACGCACUUCCGUGUUCGGCUCCCUUCGGUCGCUCCAUUCGCUCGAUGAUGAUGAACAACGCCGACAUUCCCGUGAUGGUGAAGACGUUGGGAAUGGAGUGGGAUCGAUCAUCUUACACCAUGGCGAGAUCCAAAUCACCGGUGGAAUGUGGAGGAAGAAGAGCCAAUAUCUUGUCCUGACCGAUACUCAUCUUGUUCGUUUCAAGAGUCUGAACAAGGCAAUGGAUAUGUUUCCGUCUAUCCCUCCAUCAAUGGCUCGAACGGCCGUAAACCGACAGUCCAUCGCAUCGAUCAGCUCCUUACAGGAUCCACAGCUCUCUGCCACGGGCGACGCCUCCUCGGGAAUCCCAUUGAACAGCAUUGUUGCUGUUUACAUGCUUGAUAAUGAAAAACCGUCGGCGUCAGUAGAGGUAGCCUACAUGGACGAGCGGACACAAAAGACGACAUUUAUUCAAAUGCAAACGCCGGACCUUCAGGAGCUCAAUCUUUGGAUGGUCGGCAUUCGAUCGGCAUCUGAAAUGUCUCGUGGCACUGCGCCCAUGCAGUUUGAUUCAAGAGCGUUGGACUGCGUUGUCAGAAUGCUGGAGCACGAGCGCGAUUAUGACCCAGAUAGCUUUCGUAUGUUCCGCGUUAUUCAAAUGGCCUCCAGCAAAUCCGCGGCGCGGGCGUCAUCAUCGGACGAACUUACGAAACUAUCACCUACUGGAUGCUAUCUUGCGCUUGGGAUGCACAAGCUUCAUCUAGUCGCGCUGAAUAAGAUUACCAAUCGCGGUUCAACAACGUCACUGACUGACCUCGACACUGCAUCUUCGUCCUUCGGCCUCAUGAACCUGACGGGUCUAUCAAUGGAGUGGGGUGAUGACAGCCUGCAUUUGACGUUUCGAGUUCCGCUCCAGAAAUCAUGCUCAAUGUUUCUGGCAUCUGUGCAUUCAUUGGAAAUUGCCUAUUGGAUAAGGCAGCAGACCGAAUAUCUCCGCCCGCUCUGGCUCAAGCAACCUUAUGAUUUUAUCGUGCCUCGAGACCUAAACAACGAAAGCAACUUCCCUCCCAUAUGCCUGGACGAAGAUUACGGCUGUUUCGAUCGGACUCUGGUGGCCUACUGUGCCAGCUAUGACAUUGACACCUCAAAUAUACGAUACACUAUUGACGACCAAUGCGAUGAUGCACCUUGCUUCAGAUUGCUACGGCCGGCGUCGCCUCGUCGGAGUAAGUAUACGGCGCUGGAAUUGAUCGCCCUCAUGCGAGCACUGAGAUAUAACGAAGCCUUCCGUUCAAUCUCAUUUAGUGGAGUGAGUCUGGAUGUGAUCCAAGGCCUGCGGGAUUUACAUGGGAUUGACAAAGACGCAUUGCUAACCCGUGCAAACGCUCAAAUAAACGUUCCCGGCCAGGAGAGUCUGUCAGUCCUGUCGCAGGAAAUUCGAGCACUGACUUUGAAGAGCAAAUGGCUACGACGUUUAGAUUUUUCCUAUACACUAAGCCGAACACCCAAGUCUGACAAGGAGAGCCACGACCCCGGCUGUGGAAUUCCCGAAGCGAUAUUUCCCAUUUGCCGUCGUGAACUCACAAGUGUUGACUGGGUCGUUUUGAACGGGAUCAAACUCGGUGACUCUGACUUGGAUUAUCUUGUUGACGCAGCUUCGCAACGGGGGAGCCAUUUCCGUGCUCUUGAAGUGGGCAAUUGCGGCCUGUCAGUACACGACAUUGACCUGCUCCUUUCAACUACUGUUGCCCAGGUUUCGACUCUCGAGGCCAUUAAUAUCUCCGGCGUACAAGGCCGCAUCAAACCGGAUAUGCUCCAGCAAUACCUUGGUUAUUUUGGCCAGGUCAGGAAACUUGAUUUGUCCCGCAUUGCUAGAACCUCUGGUCCUGAACCUCUCAUAUCCGCCCCGGUUCUGUUCAAUUGGCGACUCGAAGAGCUUUCGUUGAGUAGGACCGCUGUCAAUAGGGAGACGGUGGACUCAAUAGCUACUUACUUGGCCAGCGAUCGCUCUGAACGUCUGCGAGUUGUUCGCCUCGAACAGUGCGGGCUCACGGGACAAGAUGUCGCAAUCUUUCUGCAUUCGCUAGCGGUCAUUCAACAAGGCCGCGAUCUCCACCUGCACGUCAAUGACAACCGCUUGGACCUCGGCUGUUCAUAUCUCUGUGAUGCCAUUGCCCAGGGCAAAACACCGUCUCACUUGUCGAUGAGGAUGAUUGAUUUCAAGAGGGAAGAGCAGUUUCAGGACCUGGCCGAAGCCUUGCGGAAGAACCGCACUUUAAAAUACCUUGAUAUCUCCAAAGCAUCCCUUCCAUAUGACGCUGGGCCAGAAACUUGCAAGUCGCUGCAAUUGAUGUUUGAGGAGAACGACACACUCGAGGAUCUAGAUAUCAGUGGCGAGAGUGCACAUUUGGAUGUCGCACGGUUUGGGAUUGGUCUCAACCUGGCGCUGACUGGUUUGAAAAAGAACAAGUCCUUAAAGGUGCUGAAAAUUGAACAUCAGAAACUCGGGCUACAGGGUGCCAAUACCCUGGCUUCUGUACUAGAAAGCAAUACCAGUCUCCGUGAGGUUCACUGUGAGAACAAUGAUAUCAACCUCCAAUCGUUUACGGUGCUUGUCAAUGGGCUCCAGAAGAAUCGAUCCUUGCUAAGCCUGUCGUGUAUGGAUCUUGACAGAACCCGAUCACUUGACAAGGUGCGCCGAGAAAUUGACAACGUGAAGCGGGAAUUGAGUUUCUCUCAACACUCGACUACGAGCUCUCUCCGCAGAUCAUUGCAUGCUGCAAUCAAUGCGAAACACAUCUCGGUCGCCAACAAAUUCGCCAACAAGCAUUCACAUGCUCAAGGUCAUAUACGUGCUACUGCAAGCUCACUUUCGGCUGUCGAGAGCUCUAGCCCCCCUGGAAACCAAGAAAUAGAGGCCAUCUUGCAGUCAUUGAGUUCGAAAUGGGACACCGAAGUUGCUCGUUUACGCCGAUAUCUCUUUCGAAAUUACAACCUGACCAAUAGCAUCACUGAGAAUGGAGUCGAGCUCAUCGGCGAUGAUGCAUCGAGCGAUGGGCGUCCUGCAACCGCAGCCAGCCUCGGAACUAUGCUAGAGCAGAUGAAGCUGGACGUGACCCUGUCCACCAACGAGAUCCACCCCCCAAUUAGUACACAGAGUACGCCACCGCAGCCGCCACCCCGCGAAGCAAGCGACAGUCCGCAUCUAGAAAUUUUCCAGAGUCUCGACACCGGGAGUAACCUAGAUGAUGAGCUCCAAAAAUCUCCCUACCUGUUACCAGAUUCUGAUGCCGCUUCUCGCACCUUCCCAUCAGACUAUGCCAUGUCUACUUCCUCUACCCGUUCUGGGCUUCCAAUCCCUGUUCUACCGUCAGCUAUCAGCAAAUCGAGUAGCGUCCGCAGUGCUCGGAGUUCUAGUACCGUCUCUACAAGCACUGGGACAGGCGUAAGUGCCAAAAGCGCAUACGGAACAGCUUCCUCAACACUCAGAGGCUUCCUCUCCUCGAGAGAGCGAAGGAAGCUAGAAAGCAUGAAAUCCGGGGCAGUGUGUGUAUCAGGCGACAGACCGCCAACUUUGGACUGGUCGCCACCUCACUUUGACCUGGGAGACUUUCGCUACUAG